AAAAUUACAAGGCACAUCUACGCAAGACCAGAGAAUGACCUCACACAACCCCCUUCUCUGAUGCAGGAUUGGAGAAGUACACAGUUGAACGACCAUCAGUUUGUUAAUGGCUCCUCCCUAGGGACUGUAAAGAUAUUUUUUAUUUUAAAGAACUCUUCUAAACGUUUCUAAGCCUGGCAUCACAAGUGCAAAAUAUCUGCUGCACUGAUAAUGUGUAUAUUAAGAAUGAAAACGGGGCUGUUCAUUGUUUUUGUGUGUGCAAGUUUGGUAACACUGGCAGAAAACAACACAACGGACGCAGUCAAGAACAACCAGCAUACUAUGAACCGACACACAUUUUUAAAUUACACACCCUCGGGGAAGAAUGGUGAAGAGCGGGUUCCUGAAUCAGGCCCCACUUUAAAUGAAACCAGCCCAUAUUUUGGGCAGCCUGGAAAUAGGAGUGAUCAUGAACAGAUGACCAACCAUACAUUUUUAAAUAAAACCCAAGGAGAUUUUUGGGAGAGGAUAAAUGGGAAGAACCAUGCAGAGCAUUAAUGAAGUGCUUCAAAGCCCUGAAGACAAAUUACGUAAAUGAUAAAGGACAUGGACUGGAAAACAGUCAACCCUGAUGAAUUGGGCUAUUUGAAGAUGACACACUUAAUUGUUUAUUGAACAAAUUGCAGUUUAUAUUGUAAUGUAAUCACAUGAAUACCAAAACUGCAACAGGACAUAUGUAAAAUACAUUUAUUUUAUUUGAUCAAUAUUCUGGAGCUCUUUUAACAAAUUUAAUUUUUUAAGAAAUAGUGGGUAAGUUGAUCAUUAGCAAUUCAGCUAUAUACAUAUUCAUAUAUAUGUAUGCAUUCAAGUCCACUCUAAAGAAAUAGUUGUACCAAGUAAAGUAUUCAUCAGAGUACAAAUACAGAGUACAUGUGUAUUUAUCUAACAAACACAUCUGAUUUAUAAUCUCUUAGUGAUAGGUUUUUACCUUAAGGCCUGAUGUUACAGUUGAAACUAUAACAAAACCACAAGUCAUCUUAAAAAUUCACAUUACAACAUCAUUUACUAUAGGCCUGCUCUACAUUCCAAUAUUUAUAAUAAUUGGUAAUUAAUUAAUGUAUUGUCCAAACUUAGAUUGCAUACAUGAAAUUCAAAAAGGAUUUGCAUCAGAAUUGUCAGUACAUGCAUGGUUAAGAUGGGAUAACCAGACCGAUCCAGCAGAUAUAUUUGAGGGAUUAUUUGAACAUGACCCUAAUCUAAUUUGACCUGGGACAGAGGAGACUAGUGAUUGCCUGCCCAGUACAUACAUUUAAGCAUAAAUUAGAACAUUAAAGAAGAUGUGCUGUUUUGUUCACGGUAAAAGCUAUUCAAUUUGAGGUUAAUAAAAGCAAUUAAUCUGAAAUCCAGUUUGUUACAGCUAUUUUGUUUUAUCAUAUAUUUGCCUGUGGCUACACAUUAAGAAAAUAAUUCUUGAAACACCUUAUUUACAUUUGAAGAGCUAAUUCUCUUCAAGAUAAAUAAUUAAUAGACAUUAGAUACAUUAAUAAAUAUGCUUGAUAAUGCAUAGUAGCAUGCAUUACCUAAUAUAAAAAUAGCUUUCUCGUUUUUUAUAUUUAUUUUAUUUCAGUGGUGUUGAAAUUUCAGUAUAUAUUAUAAUUGUGGAUUACUGGGAUUGUGACAAAUAAGCUAUGUGACCCUUUGUCUGGGCAUGUUGGUUGAAUCCUGCAAGAAUUGUAGCAAACACUGGACCACGACCUGCCCCUCAGGGCCUGUCCUGACAUUCAGGCACACACAGAGAAAGAGAAAGGAAAGAGAAGAAAGCAAGCAUGUGCUAAGAUAAAAAGGGGGGUCUUGGAGGAGGUAAUGACGCAUUCCCAGGCCCCAGCAUCGCCGCAUCUCUCAGCAGCAUGUAAUGAGCUUAACCACAUGGCCUUAGGGGUCAAUCGCUGGAUCGCACUCGACUUUGACAUCACAACACUAUGCACCUCUCUGUUUUUUUCAGUUUUAUUUUGAAAACCUUUUGAACCUUUUGUAACCUUGACCUUUUGGACAUUUACAUUUUUAUUUUUACUUGAGAAAGUGAAAAUUGAUAUUAAACGGGUCGGACAAGACUGUCAGCUCAAAUAUGGACCAUCAUUUACUCCAGCUAAAAAGUGGGGUGUAUAAGGGUUGGCGAGUUUGAGGGUGGGGUGUAACUUUUGGAUUCACCCUUGUUAACUUUGAAUAUACAAACCAAUGCCACUUUGCAACAACAAGGUUGUUGAUGAUGGAACAUCAGCACAUCCACUGCAAGAGGGAAAAACAAUGGUGGAUUCCCUCGUCAAGGUGGUGGCAUGUUAUCGGCACUUGGCCUCCUGUGUUGGCGGAUGCACUGACAGCUCCAGCCUGCGGUGCGACCUGCGGCAAACACGAGAGCGGGCCCAAGUACUAGCACUGUCCUGUCGGAACCACCUGACAGCUCGGCUAAGGGAUAAAACAUUACCAGAUGAUGAAAAGAAGGAAACAGAGCUGCUGUGGGUGGCAUUCUCUUCUUGCCUGGAGCUCUUACAUGCAGACAUGUGCAAGGUGUUCAGCAUGGUCAAGCACUUUUCCCUGGCCAGCAACAGUACCAUGGUACAAACAGGCAUACAGGGGGGGACAACAGAGAUGGUGGCACGGGCCUUGAGCCUGCCUGACCUGCAGGAGGCUAGUGAUGGCACCCAGACUUCCAGCAUGGAGGGUCAGGAGCAGAGUCAGCUGGAGCAGGAGAUUGCGCAGGUUGACCGCACUCUGGAAGACAUGGAGCUGAAGGUCAAUGUUCUGCGCUGGACAGUGGAAGCACAAGGACUUCAGUAUGCUGACCCCGUCAGCACUGAUAGCGCAUCACUGGCGCUGCUCUCCAUCGAUGAAGAGGCAGCUGAACGCUUUUGCGAUCGUAGCCAAAUUUUCAUGGCAAUGAUUCUGUGCGGUGUGGCAAUCUUUGCUGUGGCGCUAUCGGUGUGUGUGGUGUUCCUGGCAUGAAGUGUAAUCAAGUGCACCAUUUGUGAGGUGUAGGCUGACAGGUUAACUGGCAAUGCUGCUUUACCUGAGGUCCCUUCAGUUGUGACCGGCCAAACAUUAAAGUGAUAGUUCACCCAAAAAUUUUUAUUAUGUCAUCAUUUACUCCCCAUUAUGUCAUUCCUAACUUGUAUGUAUUUCUGUCCUCUUUGGAACACAAAAGAAGAUAUUUUGAAAAAUGCCUGUUUUUAGUUUUUCCCAUACAGUGAAUGUCAGUGUGGUCUAAUGUUGUCUUGGACCCCAUUGACUUUCAUUGUAUGGACAAAACCAGUUGAAACAUUCUUUAAAAAAAAACUGUGAAAGAAAGUAAUAUAGGGUUGGAGUGGCAUGUGGGUGAGUUAAUGAUGACAGAAUGUUCAUUUUUGGGUGAACAUUUCCUUUAAAAGUCUGCACGUAGAUUGUUAUUAAUUGAAAAGGGCUGUGUGUCUGUGUAUUUAUUUUCAAAAGUUUAACCAUUCCUUACUAUUGAUCUCAGUGGCGCCUGCAGUUUUACAUCAGGUCUUUUUACAAAUCUAAACUGUUGCCAUUUAAUUUUGAGUGUAUCCAUUUUUCACAAAAGAAAUGUGAAGUAUGUGCAAGCAGUUAAUCCAGUGUUAUCUGUGCUUCAAGAAGUAGAGGUUUGCCAUGUAAACAUUAGGGUUGAUAGUAAAUACUAUAUUCAGAGGGUCAUGUGGUUCAACAUGCCAUAAUUUGAACUGUAGAUCUCUAAUUUCUUUCCUGUUUAUAGCUAAUACCCUGUAAACACUGACACGACAUUUGAUCCUAACUGUUACUUUUCGCUGUUCAUUUUCCUAGCUGUAAAGUGCUCUCAAAACCGUUCCAUUAAUAGAGAAGCAUAGGGCUUUAAAAUGUUCCAUGUAUGUCUUUUAUUUAUUGUAUUAUUUAGUUGAAUUAUACCUAAUCCUUCUAAAAGGUAAUCAAACCUUGAGAACUUGAAUAAGAUGAUAUAUUUUAUAUGUUAAAUACACUUAGUUUAAAAUGUUCUUUUUCCAUUAACAUUUAUGUUGUGACCAUGACAGUCCUUUUAUAACAUUUGGUGCAUUACCAUUUCCCUGCUAUAUACAGAAUGUCACAGCCAGAAUGGGUUAUAUUAUAUAUCAUUUACUUUUUUCAAUUAUACUAUAUUAUAUUAAUCAAAUUUAUUUUCUUUAAUCAUUAAGGAAAUUAAGUCAAUCAAAUGUGUAGAAAAGACUAAUUAUGAAAUGUUAGGAUCGAUACUUUGUCACUAACUGUUAAGAAGUAAUUUUAAUGAAUAGAAUAUAGGAUAUGUUAGUCUUAAAGGUAAAAAAAAAAGACAAAUGUAAUAACCUCAAAAUGAAGGUCAAUAAAAAUUUCACAAGAACUCUGGAGACGAAUGUGGCAAGACCAUCAAGCAAUUACAGGACAUUAAACUACUGUACACUUAUAACAUCUCUAAAGGUCCGACGGGUCUAAUAAUUAGACGAUUGCUCAUUUGUGUUGCAAGCUCACUAUACAGUAUGAUCAUUGUCAAAGACACCACAGCACAGAAAAGAUAAGCCUUGCCUGGCAAAAUAACAUUGUAACUGAUCUUUGAAAUCAUAUGGGCAUGCCAGUCGGUCAGGAUUACAGCCAGUUGGUCAGCAAGAUCCCAAAACAUACUUCAGAGGAAUUAAAAAGCUUUCUGACAAAAGAAAAAGUAAAGGCCAACUCAGUCUAAUGACAUUAUCUUCACAGUAUUUGAACAUUUAUGGGAUUGUACAGGUGAUUUUCUUCUAAAAUAUUCCCAGUCAGAUACCGGGUGUUUAUAAAGCUGAUGUUAAUUCAAAGUGUGACCAUUUUACAGAAUCCAAGAUUUGAGGAAAAUGUUCAGUGUUGUGCUUUGGUUUUCCUUUUGUUUUCCUUCAUACAUUGUGACUCUUAAGUAACUCACAAACAUUACAUUUUGAAAAAUAAAAAAGGAGAUGUUUUAAAUAACCAGUA